CCGCCUCACAUCGGUGGUCUUGUUUUAUCCUGCCAACUGCCCUGAGGUAGAGAGAGGCCAGUCCCAUCUUUAUUUUGUGGCUGAGGAAACUGAGGCUCAGAGAGGUUAAGGGACGUGUCCCAGGAUGUGCAACAGAGGAAGAGUGGAGCUGGGACUCCAGUCCCGGUCUCCUGACUACCAGCACCUUGUCCUGUCCCCUAUUGGAGUUAGGGCUGGUCCUCGCCCAUUGGCUAGGCUGAUGACAAGGCUGGUAGGGGCCAGGGGCCAGCUGCUGCUCCUCUAAUUCUGAACCUUGUGUGUUCCAGGUCCCCUCUGGCCCCGGCCCACCCCGCCCCAUGGCGACCCCCAAUGGGAGUGACUCAAGCGCCACCUUCUUCAUCCUCAUCGGCAUCCCGGGGCUGGAGGCGGCUCAGUUCUGGCUGGCCUUUCCGCUGUGUUCGCUCUUCCUGGUUGCCUUCCUGGGCAACGGCAUCCUCGUGUACGUGGUGGGCACGGAACCGGGGCUCCGGGAGCCCAUGUACCUGUUCCUCGGGAUGCUGUCUGCUGUGGAUGCCCUCCUGGCCACGGCCGCCAUGCCCAGGAUGCUGGGCCUCUUCUGGUUCAACUCCACGGCCAUCGCCUUCGACGCCUGCCUGGUCCAGAUGUUUGCCAUCCAUGCCCUGUCAGCUGUUGAGUCCUCCAUCCUGCUGGCCAUGGCCCUGGACCGCUACGUGGCCAUCUGCCACCCACUGCGCCAUGCCACCCUGCUGACCCCGUCCCGAGUGGCCAAGAUGGGGGUGGCCGCAGUGGUCCGAGGCGCGGCCCUCAUGGCCCCUCUCCCCGUCUUCCUCCGCCACCUGCCCUUCUGUGGCUCCAACGUCCUCUCCCACUCCUUCUGCCUGCACCAGGAUGUCAUGAAUCUGGCCUGUGCCGACAUCACUACCAGCGUGGUCUACGGCCUGGUGGUCAUCGUCUCCGCCAUCGGCCUUGAUGCCCUGCUCGUGUCCCUCUCUUACGCCUUGAUCCUGCGGGCGGCCCUGCGACUCAGCCGGGAGGCCCGGCUCAAAGCCCUUGCCACCUGCGUGUCCCACGCCGGCGCUGUCUUCCUCUUCUACGCGCCUUUCAUUGGCCUGUCUGUAGUCCACCGCUGUGGUCACGGAGCCAGCUCUAGUCUGCACGUCGUCCUGGCCAACGUCUACCUGCUGGUCCCUCCCGUGCUCAACCCCGUCGUCUAUGGGAUCGGCACCACGCGGAUACGCCAGAGGAUCCUGAGAGUCUUUCACUCGGUCUCCCGGGAUUCCUCCACCUAGCGGGGGCCUCGGCAGCUUGGCCUGUCUCUCCUCCUCUUCCCCCAACUCGGGGAGUCCUGUAGUCCCACAGCAGAGGGGGUGUCAUGGAGGCCCUCCUCUUUGGGACUUGGGGCUCUGCGAGAUUUUAGAGCCAAUGUGGGCUUGGGCCAGUCCGGCUCGCUGAAGUGGAUCCAGACACUGUGGGGAGUGAGCCACAAUGGGGUCUGGGGACUUCAAUCAGUCACCAGUUGGUUCUAAACACCCCCUAGCCCUAACCUUACCCCACCCUGACUCUGCCCAGCUAGAGUUAAAGUAGCUCCAGCUUCAUCAUCGUUGCAUGUGAGAAUAAAUCCUGUGUUUCA